AAAGAAGAAACUACCAAAGUAAACAAAGGAAUAAUGUUUAUCAGGCGACCGACUUGGAUGGUUAAUAAGAAUAAGAAAUGUGAAGCAUCAACGGAUUUUUCCUUCUAUGAACUUACAAAUAUGAACAAAAUAGAAAAAAAGAAAGAAAAAGAAAAGUUGGUCUGUUUGAUCCAGAGGAAGAAAGAUCAAAUAUCAAAGAAAUUUCUAUGGUUUUCUCUGAAAAAUUAUGCAGCCAGAAGCCACGCUGGUAGCCACUACCUUUUCUUUUCAUUCACUAAAACAAAAAUCUCAGUUGUUUCUGGCUGGAUAUUGACAAGAGAUAGAAAGCUGCUAGAUGUAUUUCCUAAGAGUUUGAGACAUCUUUGGAAUGACUGGGAACUCCGGACAAGUGUACUAGUUAGUCUGUCAAUACAGAUAAUACUCAUUCUCUUGGGAAAUAGAAGAAAAUACAAUGCUACAAACUGCAUCAGACUCAUCCUUUGGCUUGCCUACUUGUUGGCAGAUUGGAUUGCCACAGUUUCCCUUGGAAUUCUUGCCAACAACUAUGAAAAUGACGUGCUAAAGGCGUUCUGGGCGCCCUUUUUGCUCCUGCACCUUGGUGGUCCGGAUACCAUUACAGCUUACUCCUUGGAAGAUAAUGAGUUGUGGCUACGACACUUGCUCGAGUUAGUCUUCCAAUCUGGAGUAGUCUUCUAUGUUGUCCUCAAGUCUUGGACAAGUAGUUGGUUCAAUUUUCUGACUGUUCCAGUGUUUGUAGCUGGAUUGAUCAAGUAUGGCGAGAGGAUCUGGGUUCUAAGAUCAGCAAGCAUUGAUCAUUUCGGAGAAUCAAUGCGUCCUCCUCCUGAUCCGGGGCCUAACUAUGCAAAGUUCAUGGAUGAUUAUGCAUCAAGGAAAGCUGAAGGCUUCAAGCCAUCACUAGGGACAGUGAUUGAAGAUCCUACCGACACUCAUCAGUUUGCUACUGUUGCAUCAAAUAGUCUAGUCCAAGAUGCUGUUAUUUUGCAGCAUGCUUAUUCUUUUUAUGGCACAUUUAGGCGCCUGUUUGCUGAUCUCAUACUUAGCUUUCAAGACAGAGAUGGAAGCCAAAAAAUUUUCAGAAGUUAUCUUGUGACCAUGCUUUCCGGGUGAUUGAGGUUGAGCUCGGAUUUGUGUAUGAUAUUUUACACACUAAGGCUCUUGUGUGUUACUCAUACCUUGGUGGCAUCCUCCGUUCCUUAAGUUUUUCUUGCACUACUUCUGCUUUUAUUGCAUUCUUGGCCAUUGAUAAGAAGAAUUACUCGAAUAUUGAUGUGAGCAUAACCUGUAUUCUGCUGGUUGGAGCAAUUGUGCUAGAAAUAUAUUCAAUCCUAGUACUAGUUUCUUCCAACUGGACAAUGCUCUGGUUGAUUAAGCUUGAGAAGAGGAGAAUUGCUUAUGCAUACAAGAUCAUUUGUCAUGUUCAACAGUACUUCUUCUUACUACGAACAAGGGAUGGUCUGGUUGCAUUUCACAGUAUAAUUUAAUUAGUAUCUGCCUUGGGGAAAAGCCAGCGAAAUGCAGGCAGAUAGAAAGAUUAUUCGGCAUGUCUCAGAUGUUGGACGAAACAAGGAACAAGCACAUUGAAAUUGUGUCUAGUGAUUUGAAAGUUUUAAUCUUUGAGCAGCUUCUUGAAAAAUCAAGAGCUGCAUGUGAUAUAUAUCUGUGCAAGCAGAUAUGCACCCAGAGGGGUCAUCAGGUGCUAGAAAGAGCUAAUUGCCUUGAGAAACUUAGUUGGAGCAUUGAAGUGGAGUUUGAUCAAAGCAUACUCCUAUGGCACAUUGCCACAGAUCUCUGCUACUAUACUGAUCAAACUAAGGAUUCAAACAUUAUUGAAAGUUCAAAAUGUAAAGCGGGCAAAUUGUUAUCAGAUUACAUGAUGUAUCUUCUGGUGUUAUGUCCAGGUAUGCUGCCUAAUGGGAUUGGACAGAUCAGGUUUCAGGACACAUGUGCUGAGGCUAUUGAAUUUUUUCGAGAAAGAAAAAAGCUAAUAACAGACAGAAGCAAAGCAUCUGAAAAGCUACUUCAAGUAAACACUGAUAUUUUACCUUUGGAAGUGAAAGGAGAUAAAAGCAAGUCUCUGUUAUUUGAUGCUUGUAGGCUUGCCAAGUUUUUACAGUCACUUGAAACAGGUGACGAGAAAUGGGAAA